UUUAUACAUAUAGACUGCAUGAUUGCAGGUUGCAAUAUAUUUAUUUUAGCUGCCAUACGUCAGCCAGUCAGGUGACUGCUGUACACAUUUAAAUCAGUUAACCUUGUAAAUGUCAAGGCUUCUUGAACAUUUAAGAAUCUUUGAUUAUUUAACAAUAGAUCUAAGUAUUGUUCUGCUAUUGUUUCCAUCAAACCUAUCACGAUGCAGCAUGAUCAAGUAAGAAAGGGAAAACAUACCCAGAUUAAUGUAGCCAGUCUUUUACUUACUGACAUUAAUGUAGGAGAACUGUGUUGUUCUCUGGUUUAUACAUACAAACUGCAUUAUUGCAGGUUUCCAAAACUAUGUGACCUGAACUUUAUGUGUAAGUAAAUAAAGUCCCUUUAUCUAUAUAUAUAUGUACUCAAUAGAGUAAAUCAUUAAGGCAAGAAGAUGGCAUGAUAAUCAGGUACUCAGAUGACUGCAGUCCCACACCUCCACAUCAUAUGACAAUGAAGUAAUCCAUGGAGCUAUUAGCACAUGUGAUCCUCCUCUCCAUUCAGCCAAAAUCCAGUUCUGGGUUUGUUAGCCUUGAUCUUUGUGCACAGUAACAGCAUUGUUUACCCCUGACCCACUGUUCACAAGCCUCACUCUCACUCAUCUACAUGCAUGGCCUAAAACAUAUUUCACUGAGAAAUCAUCUGUUUAUUUUGUUAUAUAUGUUCUUAGUUUGGCUGUGUAGGAACAUAUCAUCUUUAACAAUUAUACAAAUAUUCUGUACAAUUGUGUCCUCCAUGAAAAAUAUUCACCAGCCUUUCACUCUCCACUGAGAUGUAUCAGGUGUUUCAGGGCUUGGCUCUCAUGGGAGCAGCAGGGUUAAAAAUAAAACCAGGAAGAAGGUCCUUCUCCCGGAGCCUCAGUGUCCGUAUUUAUAAAGAAGUGACUCCCCUCAAGCAACAGAGUGUUUGUGGCUGCUUGACGACAGAAGCCUGAAUUGUAAAAUAUGAGACUCUUGGUAGUGUUAACAUGCGUACUGACAGGCUGCCUGGCCGAGAAGCCUCAUCCAUGCUCGAGUCCUCCUCUUCUGAGCGGAGCCCUCACUAUGUCCACCCAGAAUGAAAAGCUGUGGGCAUACGCUACGUACCUCUAUGAUGCACUGGGACAACGGACACGGCUCAGUGAGAUGGGCACUUAUGAGAAUAAGACAUUCACCUUUGACAUUCUUCUGCUCUUCAAAGAGGGUACCAUGUAUGAGAUUAACGAACAUGAUCGCACGUGCAAGAAAAGGCCUCUGAAGGCAGACUUCCAGCCUCUGGAAGUCCCAAAGAAUGCAUCCCUGCUGGCUCAGGUUGUUUUGGGCAGUUCGUCUGGACCUGGACAAGGACUCCUGGUCAACAGUUGGAUGGGAGAUCUGCCCAACAACGCAGGAAAGUUUGUGACCACAGUCACUGAAUUUGGAUGUAUUCCUGUCAGCACUGUGUAUCACACGGACCAGUUUGGAUGGGCGGUGAUAAGCUUCUUCAACAACAUCAUCGGGAUUUCGGACCCCAGUCUCCUCAGCCCUCCAGACUUCUGCCCGAGUGCAGAGAUGGAGGUUGACAUUGAAGAGCCAGCUAACUUCCUCAGCUUGUUCAAUAACUAGCACUGAGGGCCUCCUUUAAAAAAUGGAUCUUCUGUACUGAAUCAUUGUUUUGAGCACGUGUAAUUCCAAGCGUCAGAUUUGUACACAUUUUGAAAUUCCUGUUUUUAAUGCAUAUUUCUGGCUUAAACCUAAAGCUGCACCUAAAGCUGACGUUUUCAUGUUGACAAUGGAAUUAAAAGUGUGUAAUGUGGAAUAUUCUGCUCGGCUCUCCGGCUCAUUUUGCAUCUAUAAGCGCUAUUUCCUUUUUCCAGCCUCCAGACUCUGGACUCCACUUACAUACUACUACUUUCUAACAAUGUACUGGCGUGUGACCACACUUGUCUCAAUAAAAAUAUAAGAAUACUGAACAAAUGACUAUA